CUAUAUACUAGUGUAGGCGAGACCGGGGGCAAUUGCAACAUUUCAAAGUCCACCAAUCAGAAACGAGACAGAACCAUGAAACUCAUUUUGCAAGUGUUUGGUGGAGAUCCCUCUCUGCAUGCCAAAGGACAAGCUGCUGAGCCAUACAUGAAACUGACUGGAGAAGACAUAUAAUCUGAUGUAAAGAUGUCAUCUAAUGACAACACACUUAGUUUCCCUGAGCUUAUAAAGCUGAAACGAGAUGAUGGCCAACUCAGCCCGGCAGAGAUACGCACCUUUGUGCAAGGAGUCAUAUCAGGAGCCAUCCAGGACACUCAAAUAGGCGCUAUGCUAAUGGCCAUAUGGCAGAAGAACAUGACUGAUGAAGAGACUCUGGCAUUGACGAGAGAGAUGAUGAACUCUGGGGAUACGUUAGAAUGGCCGGAGGAAUGGCUUGUGGUAGACAAACACUCAACCGGAGGGGUUGGAGACAAAAUCAGCCUUCCACUCGCUCCUGCUCUGGCUGCAUGUGGCUGUAAGGUGCCCAUGAUAAGUGGGAGAGGACUGGCACAUACAGGUGGCACCCUGGACAAGCUGGAGUCAAUCCCUGGGUUUAAUGUCAACCAGUCAGUUCAACAGGUGAAGCAGAUCCUACAGGAUGUGGGCUGUUGCAUUGUGGGACAAACAGAGAGUCUGGUGCCAGCAGAUCGUGUUCUCUACACCAUCAGAGACGCCACAUCGACUGUUGAUAGUCUUCCUCUUAUCAUUAGCUCCAUCAUUUCUAAGAAAGGAGCUGAGGGUCUGAGUGCUCUUGUGUUAGAUGUGAAGUUUGGCAGGGCUGCUCUGUAUAAAGAUCUGGACAGUGCUCGCAAUCUUGCUCAGUCACUGGUCAAAGCAGGCAACAGGCUGGGUGUGAAGACAGGGGCGGUGCUUAGCCGAAUGGACGCUCCUAUUGGCCAGAGUGUAGGAAAUGCGGUUGAGGUGUGUGAAGCUCUUGAGUGUCUUAAAGGACGAGGACCAGAUGAUCUCACAGAACUGGUUACAAUUUUAGGUGGACAUCUAUUGUCUAUGUGUCGACACUCCUGUACUCUAGAGAGUGGGAAAAAGGAAAUAGCUCAAAAGCUGAAGAACGGAGAAGCCCUGCAAAAGUUCCAGGCGAUGCUGGAGGCUCAGGGUGUGUCUGCAGAUGUUGCACGUUCCCUGUGCUCAGACGAGACUGAUUACUUUCAGCACAUGAGGCGUGCAGCACAUCAGACAGAGCUUAAGGUGCAAGAUGAUGGAGCUGUUUUGGACAUUGACGGUUUGGCCCUGGCUGAAGUGCUGCACAAGUUAGGGGCGGGACGCACUAAAUCGGGAGAGAAAAUUGAUCAUAGCGUGGGAGCAGAGAUCUUGGUAAAGAUGGGACAGCGUGUACAGAAAGGUGAAUCAUGGAUCAGGAUUCAUCACAACUGCCCAGAUCUGAGUUCACACCAGUGUUCUGGCUUGCAGAAAGCUUUGGUCAUUGGCAGCCACAACAAAUACAAGGCAGUGCCGCGUGUGGCAGAAUUCAUCCACCCAAACAAUCCCAACAUGUUUUAGCACAGCCUCAUUCAAGACUUACUUUGUUUGUAAAGUAAAUGAUUCAUUUUGAAUGUACUGUUCUCAGUGUUAUUUCUAUGAGGGAGGUUUUAGAAGAAGAGAAUGACUGACAAAGACCAUCUGGAAAUAUUUGCUUACCAGUAGCAGCUGUAGCCCAGAUCUGCUCAAUCCUGUCCUGGAAAUCUGCCAUCCUGAAAAGUUUAGUUGCAGCUCUAAUUCACCUAAUCCAGCUCUAAUUCACCUAAACCUGAACCUGUCAAUUACAGGCAGGUGUGCUGGACACACAGGAGCAGGAUUGAGUGCACUGGCAUAGUAGAUGACUGCUGCCACCUCUGACUCGUAGAAGAACUGCAGCAUAGCAGGCCACAAACCUCUAUAAUCAGUCACUCUCAUGAACAAGCACUGUUUUGCCUCUGAUUUCAGACAUUUGUUGUCGAUUUCUGUUGGAGAGUGAAAAUCAGGGCUAAAAUUAUGCAGCAUGUACAUAAAGAACCAAGCAAUCUCAGAAAA